ACGAACUAACUUUGAAUUUGUAGCGUGAUGAUAUGUCAGGAAUGCAAUUGAGUGGAAACAAGGUCAGAAAGCUGGAGUUCUUGUUGGCAGAUGCUGUAGCACAGGGUGCUGACUGCAUAGUGACUAUAGGUGGCAUACAAAGUAAUCACUGUCGUGCUACUGCUGUCGCUGCCAAGUACUUAAACCUUGACUGUUAUCUCAUCUUACGCACUUCAAAGUUACUUGUAGAUAAAGAUCCUGGAUUAACAGGGAACCUCCUUGUUGACCGUUUAGUUGGAGCACACAUUGAUCUUGUUUCAAAAGAAGAAUAUGCAAAAGUUGGCGGUGAGGUCUGUACUUUAUUCCUAACGUUCCUCCUCUUGUUUUUCUAAUGCAUUAAGUUUUAA